UAGAUAAACUUGCUAAAGAAGAAUGGAGGAACCUGAAUGUUACCAAUAGUGGUUUAUGGAGGGUCCGAUCAUGAUUAAGACCGAGAAAGUGUUACAUUUGAACAGCUCGAAGGGUAGAAAGGUCCGUGUGGUUCGGGAGCACUAUGUGAGGGAGCAGGUGCCCUGUGGGAGCUCCCUCUGUCAAGCGGACUGUCUUAACGAUGGUAAGGUACUGUCUGGAGAUGUGACCCACUAUGUGGUUCCGGAUGUGGGGGUGGUUCGGGAUUUCCUGGAGAUCCUGGAGUUCAGGGAGCUGCAGGGGAUCGUGUUUACCCAGACAGCCUACCAGACUGUUCAGCACACCCGGGGACGCAGGCACUAUAACAGACUGCGUGCUUUGCUGAAGGACCCUCGCCAUGAUUGUGUGCUGUUUGCCAAUGAGUUUCAGCAGUACUGCUACUGCCCCAGAGACAAGGGCGAGUCUCAGGACAAAUGGCAUACAAGAAAUGUGUACAAUGCAGCAGUUUGGUACUAUAAUCAUCUAGCUGGACUCCAGCCAGUGGUCAUGAUUACAGAAGAUAAUGAUGCUAUUUCAGAAUUCAGUGCCUUAAACAGUGGAGUGUAUGUCAUCUCAACUCAGGAGUACCUGUUAAGUUUCUGGUCGGACCUGCAGGCCGCCCAUGAUCUGUACAGCUCCAUUGCUCAGACCCUGCAGGAGCGAGAGAGUGAGGCAGUAGAGAAGGUGUACACUGAACACCUGCCUGCAGAGGUGCUGGAGGCUGGAAUAAAAUCUGGCAGGUACAUCCAGGGCAUCCUCAGUGUGAACAAACAUCGAGCACAGAAUGAGGCUUUUGUCCGUUACGAGGGUUCAGCCAGCAAAAAUACAGAUCUAAAUAGUGAUGUGCUGAUCAAUGGAGCAAAGCUUCGUAACCGGGCAGUGCAUGGAGACGUGGUUGUCAUAGAGUUGUUGCCCCGUAAUGAGUGGAAAGGCAGGACUAUGGCACUAACAGAGGGACAAGGGGAGGAGCAGCCACGGGAGGAAACACAGAGUCAGCCCAUGCCCUCAGGCAGGGUGGUGGGUAUUCUGCAGAGGAACUGGAGAGACUACGUUGUGACUUUUCCUCCUCUUGAGGAGGUGCAGUCACAGAGUCGAAAUUCACAAAAGAUUCUUGUUAUUCCAUGGGACUACCGCAUCCCUAAAAUCCGGAUCAGCACACAGCAGGCUGAGGCUUUGCAGGAUCAAAGAGUGAUUGUGCGUCUGGAUUCGUGGGAAAGUACUUCUGUGUACCCCAGUGGCCACUGUGUGAGGGUGCUGGGGAAAGCAGGCGAGCUGGAGACUGAGAUUCAGACCAUCCUGUUGGAGAACUCUAUCCAUGUCCCACCAUUCUCAGAGGCACAGUUGCGAGAGAUGCCAGUUAACACUGAGGAGAACCGGUGGCAGAUGGACAGCAGUGAAGUGUCCUCUCGGCGGGACCUGAGAGACACACACCUGGUUUUCAGUAUCGAUCCCAAGGGCUGUGAGGAUGUGGAUGAUACCUUGUCUGUGCGGACUCUGCCUGGGGGGAAGCGGUUAGAGCUGGGCGUCCACAUUGCCGAUGUCACUUACUUUGUCAGGGAGGGCUCUCUUACAGAUCUAGAGGCACGGUCAAGGGCAACCACUUACUACCUGGCUGACCGCAGGUAUGACAUGCUGCCAGCAGUUCUGAGUGCUGAUCUGUGCUCCCUCCUUGGAGGAGUGGACCGCUAUGCCAUGAGUGUUCUGUGGGAGCUGGAUGCUGAGACUCUGGAUGUGUGUACAGUUUGGUACGGUCGUACUCUGAUCCGCUCCUCCUAUCAGCUUCACUAUGAGCUGGCCCAGAGUCUGCUGAAUGGUGAGGAGGUUGAGGUACCUGAGCUAAGCCGGCUCAAGGGUUCACAGCAAGACCGGAAACUUGUUGAACUCUUGCAGGCCCUAGAGACCCUGACGAGGGUGGCCAGACACCUCCGUGCACAGAGAGAUAAGGGUGGUGCUCUGGAGUUGGAGGGGGUGGAGGUGAGGGCUCAGCUGGAUGAGGAGAAGAACAUUACAGCACUUGUUCCCAAACAACCUCUGGAAGUUCAUGAGACUGUGGCAGAGUGUAUGAUCUAUGCCAACCACUGGGUGGCACGCAAGAUACAGGAGAGCUUUCCACACCAGGCUCUCCUGCGUCAUCACCCACCACCCAAACAGGAGUUCUUCAGUCACCUCAUCGACUGUGCCAAGGCCCGUGGCUUCAGUAUUGAUACAAGGUCAAACAGAGCUCUUGCUGAUUCUCUGGAACAAGCUGUGGAUCCUCAGGACCCCCUGGUGAACAGGUUAUUGAGAAUGAUGGCCACCCAGGCAAUGUCUAAUGCCCUUUACUUCUCUACAGGAGCCUGCCCAGAAGAACAGUACUAUCACUACGGUCUUGCUCUGGAUCGAUACACUCACUUUACCUCUCCAAUCAGACGCUAUGCUGAUGUAUUAGUUCACCGGCUGCUCAUGGCUGCUAUUCAGCUGGAGAAGGAAGGACCGCUAGGCAAACCCUUGGCCAGUAACAAAGAACUCGAGGAACUAGCUCAACAUAUCAACAAUAAAAACAGAGCAGCACAGCACGCACAGAAGCAGUCCACGGAGCUCUUCCAGUGCCUCUACUUCAGAGACAAAGACUCCAAAACAGAUGAGCGCUGUGUGGCUGAUGCUGUCAUCUAUGCUAUCCGAGCUAAUGGCUUUCUUGCCUUCAUACCACAGUAUGGUGUGAAGGGAGCUGUGUACCUUAAGGAUCGAGAGGGUCAGGUGGUCAGUGUCGAUGGAGAUGGAAGGUGCGAGUGGAAAGCUGGGACAUUGCAGAGAUACCCUGACAGGAUCAGCAGCUGCACUAGCACUGGAACUCAUACGUUUUACCUCUUCAGCCACGUUACAGUUCGUAUCUCUGUAGAACCGUCCCGCUGCCACGCCGACAGCUUGUGUCUGGAGCUUAUCAACAACAAGCCCCAUUGCCCUGUGCAGCCCGAGUCCCAGUCAGCUGGUGGCGGUCGGUCUGAGCUGGUUCAGGAAGUAGUGCGCAGGGCAGAAGAGGCUUCCCUCCAGGCGGUGGAAGAGAGGGGGAGGAAGCCCAAACUGAGCAGGGAGGAGAGGCAGUUCAGACAGAGCAGAACACCAAACCUCUAUGUCCUGUUACAGGAGAUCAGUGAACUUGCUCUACUGGAUCUGUCUGUCUGUCAAAUCAGAAAUACAGAGGAACAGACCAGCACUGCAUCUUCUUAGCGCUUUACUGCUAAGAUUACAAUUGAUUAGUGAGCUUUUGAUAUGGUUUUGUAAUAUUUGCCAUGGACUUCCAUUGAAGUGUCCAGUUGUGACCUGAUAAAAAGUAUUUACACUUA